AUGGGAGACCGCAAGCCCUCAGAACUUUUCCGCUACUUGAAGUCGCAUGCCACUGCAUUGACCCCUGAAGACUUCAUCCUCGAGGUAUGGAAGACUCGCCUACCCUCACAUAUUCGGAACGUGAUGGCAGCUUCCAGCGCAACCGAUAUCGACACGAUUCUCAAGCUCGCAGCUUCAGUGCACGAAGUUAGCCCCGCAAAGCAAGUGAGUGCCGUCAGUGAUUUUACCGGGUUAGUUGAGCAGAUUCAGCAGCUGACGCUCCAGGUGAACGCUCUCACGCAGGAUCGCAACCGCUCGCGCUCACACGGUUCUCAAAACCAAUCGCGCGGUUCUCAAAACCGAUCAGCAACGCCCGCGACUGCCCGCGACGACUUUGCCAGUGACUGGUUAUGUUUUUAUCAUCGCCGUUUCAAAGAAAAGGCGACUAAGUGCCGUGGCCUCUGCACCUGGCCGGGAAACGAUGCGCGCCAACAGUGA